UGUAGCACCUCAGGCUCCUUUCUUUUCCGCCUCCUGACUUCUGAAAGAAGACUCCUUGGCAGCAGAGCCCCGCUGCGACCGUACUUAGCUUUCUUUCGUCUUCCUCUUCUGCGGUGAUAGAAGGGACUGCUGUUUUCCAGGACCUUGUCGUAUUCUUUCCAGAGUGCCCAGCAGCAACCUGGAAGUUAGCAGAGAAGAGUUAUUCGGUGGCUAUGUGACAUGAAAAGUGCAGCAAGUUAUCAAAAGGGCAAAAGGGGAUUUUAAGAAGCAGCAGAGAAGCAUCUAGAAUACCGGUUCUGGUACGAGAGCUGGAUUCCACUUCCACCCGUGUGUCUUGACCUCAUGAAACUUCAGCUUCUUCAUCUGUUAAACAGAAGCCACAGUCCUCGUCAUCAAGUGAAAACGUCCCAAGAUGCCAGCUGAGGAUGGGCACAGAGGUGUAGGCAAUUGGACCGAAGUCACACGACUUGUGCGACAGUAACUUCGUCAUAGCCCUUCCUUAGAAGGACAAGUGCAAAAUGACCAAGUUCAAGGAGGCGGUGACGUUCAAGGACGUGGCGGUGGUCUUCACGGAGGAGGAGUUGGGGCUGCUGGACCCCGCCCAGAGGAAGCUGUACGGAGACGUGAUGCUGGAGAACUUCAGGAACCUGCUCUCUGUGGGGCAUCAGCCCUUCACCCCACACGUAAUACUGCAGUGCGAGAGGGGAGAAAAGCUUCAGAUGAGAAAGACAGCAACCCAGGGCCGCGGCAUCGCAGGAGACAAGAAUCUAAAUGACCUGGGGACUCUUCAGGAAAUUGGAUCAAAGUUCCUGCCACAUGAAGCGCUGUUCUGCUCGCAGAUCUGGCAACAGGUUACAAAGGAAUUAGCCCAGUGCCAAGAUUCCAUGGUCCGUAUUCAAGGAACUGGCUCUCAUUUGGAAAAACGAGGUGAUGCACUCUAUAAAGAUGAGGGAUUUGGUAAAGGCUUUAAUCAGAAUUCACAUCUUCAGGUUCCCCACAGAGACCAACCAGGAGGAAAAACCUACCAGGCAGAGGAGCACGAGAAAGGUUUCCUUCAGCGCUGUCAUCUUCAAACUAACCAGACAGCCCAUGUAGAAGAGAAGCCCUAUAAAUGUGAAAAAUGUGAAAACACCUUCCGUCGGCUUUCAAGCCUUCGAGCCCAUCAGAGGGUCCAUAGUGGAGAGAAAUCACUGAAGUAUGACACAUCGUUUAAGGGUUUAAGACAGAGAUCAUCUCUUCGCCAUCACCAGAGAGUCCCCACUGGAGAGAAUUCACACAAAUACGAGGAAUGUGGGAGGAACGUCGGGAAAAGCUCACAUUGUCAAGCUCCUCUGAUAGUCCACACAUUAGAAAAACCUUAUAAAUGUGAGGACUGUGGGCUGAGCUUCAGUCAGAGCUCAUAUCUUCAAGUCCACCAGAGAGCCCACAUGGGAAAGAAACCUUAUAGAUGUGAAGAGUGUGGGAAGGGCUUCAGCUGGCGUUCCCGACUACAGGCUCAUCAGCGAAUCCACACUGGAGAGAAGCCGUACAAAUGUGAGGCAUGUGGCAAGGGCUUCAGUUACAGCUCACACCUUAAUAUUCAUUGUCGAAUCCACACAGGCGAGAAACCCUACAAAUGUGAAGAGUGUGGGAAAGGCUUCAGUGUAGGUUCACACCUUCAGGCCCAUCAGGUAAGCCACACUGGAGAGAAACCUUACAAAUGUGAGGAGUGUGGGAAGGGCUUCUGCCGGGCCUCAAAUCUUCUGGACCAUCAGAGAGGCCACACUGGUGAGAAACCAUAUCAGUGUGAUGCAUGUGGAAAGGGCUUCAGUCGUAGCUCAGAUUUUAACAUUCAUUUUAGAGUCCAUACAGGAGAGAAACCCUAUAAAUGUGAGGAAUGUGGGAAAGGCUUCAGUCAGGCCUCAAAUCUUCUGGCGCAUCAAAGAGGCCACACUGGAGAAAAACCAUACAAAUGUGGGACAUGUGGCAAGGGCUUCAGCCGGAGUUCAGAUCUUAACGUUCAUUGUAGAAUCCACACCGGAGAGAAACCCUACAAAUGCGAGAAGUGUGGUAAGGCCUUCAGUCAGUUCUCAAGUCUUCAAGUGCAUCAGAGAGUCCACACGGGAGAGAAACCCUAUCAGUGUGCAGAGUGUGGGAAGGGCUUCAGCGUGGGUUCACAGCUUCAAGCCCACCAGAGGUGCCAUACUGGGGAGAAACCAUAUCAGUGUGAGGAGUGUGGGAAAGGAUUCUGUCGGGCCUCAAAUUUUCUGGCUCAUCGUGGAGUCCACACAGGAGAAAAGCCAUACAGGUGUGAUGUGUGUGGUAAGCGCUUCAGACAGCGAUCCUAUCUUCAAGCCCACCAGAGGGUCCACACCGGAGAGAAACCGUACAAAUGUGAGGAGUGUGGUAAGGUCUUCAGUUGGAGCUCAUACCUUCAAGCCCAUCAGAGAGUUCACACUGGAGAAAAACCAUAUAAAUGUGAGGAGUGUGGGAAGGGCUUCAGUUGGAGCUCAAGUCUUAUAAUUCAUCAGCGAGUACAUGCUGAUGAUGAAGGUGAUAAGGACUUGCCUUCCCCAGACAAUUUGCACAGGAAAGGAGCUCCAUAAAAUUAUAUGUUUUAAUACCUCAAAUGGGUGCUGAAAUAGCCUAAUUAUCAGACCUGUCCUAGAAGACAAAGUAUUUGUUUAUAAAAGAGUCAGUAUUUAUCCAGGGCUUGACAUGUCACAGGGUUGGGUGACCACACAGCAGAGAAGCCUGGUAAGGGCAGUGACAUAAGGACUUCAUUCAGAAUGUUGACAUUUAGCAGAUACUACACAGAAGAGAGGCUUAGGAAGGAUGCAUCCGAUCUGAAGUUGACUGAAGGGCUGAGAGGGAAG